GGGCAGAGCCCGCCCCACGCCUUUCCCGCCGCCGGGACGGCGCGCGCGAACCGCCUCGCGCCGGCAGCCCACCCGCCGCGCGCGGGACGUUACCCCCCCCCCCAACCCCCGCGCUGCGCGCCCCCCCCCAACCCACCGCCCCCCCGGCGCGGCCCCGUGAGGCGAUGAGGAGGAGCCUGGCCCCCAGCCAGCUGGCCAAGAGGAAGGCGGGGGACGAGGAGGAGCAGGACUGGCACCCCCCGACGACUCAGAAGAGACAGAAGCCUGGCAGUGAGACAGAGAGCGGGGAAUGUUACAAGUCACCUUUCCGGAAACAUUUGGCUCAGCUGACCAAUAGGCCUCUUUGCCUGGAUAGCAGUCAACAUGAGGCUUUUAUCCGCAGCAUUUUGUCUAAACCCUUCAAAGUUCCCAUUCCAAAUUAUAAAGGGCCACUGGGCUUGCGGGCACUGGGUAUCAAACGGGCAGGGCUGAGGAGCUCUCUCCACGACCCUUUUGAGGAAGGAGCUCUGGUUCUGUAUGAGCCCCCACCACUGAGUGCCCAUGACCAGCUGAAAAUAGACAAGGACAAAGCACCUGUCCAUGUUGUGGUGGAUCCUGUCCUCAGCCGUGUUUUACGGCCCCAUCAGAGAGAAGGAGUGAAAUUCCUGUGGGACUGUGUGACGAGCAGGCGGAUCCCUGGGAGUCAUGGCUGUAUCAUGGCAGAUGAGAUGGGACUGGGCAAAACCCUACAGUGCAUCACUCUCAUGUGGACACUUCUCCGUCAAAGUCCGGACUGCAAGCCUGAAAUCGAGAAAGCCAUGGUGGUGUCUCCCUCCAGUCUGGUGAGAAACUGGUACAACGAAGUAGAGAAAUGGCUGGGGGGAAGGAUCCAGCCGCUGGCCAUUGAUGGAGGCUCCAAAGAAGAGAUUGACCGUAAGCUAGUCAGCUUUAUGAACCAGCGUGGACUGCGAGUGCCUUCACCCAUCCUGAUCAUCUCCUAUGAGACUUUCCGCCUUCAUGCUGAGGCACUACAGAAGGGCAGUGUUGGGCUGGUCAUAUGUGAUGAGGGGCACAGACUGAAGAACUCUGAAAAUCAAACAUAUCAAGCUCUCAACAGCUUAAAUACACCCCGACGAGUCCUUAUCUCUGGCACCCCCAUUCAGAAUGACCUGCUUGAAUAUUUCAGCCUGGUGCACUUUGUCAAUUCAGGCAUCCUAGGAACAGCACAGGAAUUUAAAAGACAUUUUGAAAUUCCCAUCCUGAAAGGCAGAGAUGCAGAUGCAAGUGAAGCUGAGCGACACAAAGGAGAAGAGAGGCUUAAAGAGCUGAUCAGCAUUGUGAACAGGUGUUUAAUCCGAAGAACUUCGGACAUCUUGUCCAAAUAUCUGCCCGUGAAGAUUGAGCAGGUGGUCUGCUGCAGACUGACGCCUCUUCAGGCUGAGCUGUAUAAGAACUUCCUGAAGCAAGCCAAGCCAGUGGAGGAGCUGAAGGAGGGCAAGAUCAGUGUGUCAUCCCUUUCUUCCAUCACCUCCUUAAAGAAGCUCUGCAAUCACCCUGCCCUGAUCUAUGACAAGUGUGUGGAAGAGGAGGAAGGUUUUACCGGAGCCCUGGAUUUGUUCCCUGCUGGCUACAGCACCAAAGCUGUGGAGCCUCAGCUUUCAGGAAAGAUGCUGGUUUUGGACUACAUCCUUGCUAUUACAAAAAGUACCAGUAACGACAAGGUAGUUCUAGUCUCUAACUACACCCAGACACUGGACCUAUUUGAAAAGCUCUGCAGGAACAGAAGGUAUUUAUAUGUCCGGCUGGAUGGCACCAUGUCCAUUAAAAAGAGAGCAAAGAUCGUGGAGCGAUUUAACAGCCUCUCGAGCCCUGAGUUUAUCUUCAUGCUGAGCAGCAAAGCAGGCGGCUGUGGUUUGAAUUUGAUUGGGGCUAACAGACUGGUUAUGUUUGACCCAGACUGGAAUCCAGCUAAUGAUGAGCAGGCCAUGGCUCGUGUGUGGAGGGAUGGCCAGAAAAAGACAUGCUACAUCUAUCGACUGCUUUCAACGGGGACCAUAGAGGAGAAGAUCUUCCAACGUCAGACCCACAAGAAAGCGCUCAGCAGCUGCGUGGUGGAUGAGGAGCAGGAUGUAGAGAGGCACUUCUCACUUGGGGAGCUGAGGGAGCUGUUCACACUGAAUGAGGCCACCACGAGUGAUACCCAUGAUAAGAUCAAAUGUCGUCGCUGUGUAAAUGGCCACCAGGUGCGGCCCCCUCCUGAAGGGUCUGACUGUACCUCUGACCUCUCGCAGUGGAACCACUGUGCUGAUAAGCGGGGACUGCAGGACUCUGUGCUAAAGGCUGCUUGGGAUGCUGCUGUCACCUUCACCUUCCAUCAUCACUCCCAUGAGGAGCAGCGAGGGAUUCUCUAACAGGUCACUGUCUGCUGUGGGGGCAAGGGCAGGCUCCUAUGGCAGUCUACCCUGCUUUAAUCCCUUUCAAGAAAAGGGACAGUGAACAGCAGUACAUGCUGGAUUGCUGUGUGACUCUGCAAGAGCAGAACAGUGUGGCUUCUGAGAGGUGGGAAGGCCCCUGGGGUUGGGCAGGGUCUGCCUGCAGCAGCAAGGAGUCCCAUGGCUUUUUCUCUGCUACUGUACUAUGUGUGUGGAAAACAGCCCUUUAGGAACUGAGAAUAACUGGACUGUGUGUGCUUGAUCAGCAUGGAUUCUCCUGCUGUUGAUAUCUGCCUUCUACUCAGCCAAGUUUUGCCUUCAAGCUUAAGUUAAGCCUGCAGCUUUAGAGCAGCUGAUGUGCAUAGUCGCAUUUUUUUUCCCUGACAGCUAUGGCUUACAGCUGCUGAGCAGAAACUGGCAGGAGCCAUUGCUGUUAUGAAAUGCAAGCAUUGUUAAUUGCUCAGGAACAAGAGGAUUCAUGCAAAAAAAAUCAUUUCAACUUGUACUUUAAACAUCUGGCCUGAAAGAAUGUUCAGACAGUAGGAAAUCAGGCCCUAUUAAGAUCACACCAUUUCCAAAACCACUUGCUUUAUUAUGGGCAGGAUCCCCUGAUUGAGCAGUAUUUUAAUUAAUCUCCUUACAAUGCAGUAAUAAAAUUCACACUUUGGUACACUA